GCCCAAAGGGGUGUAUGGGGGUGUGGGGGGAGUAUUGGGGCAGCUAAAGCCUUUCCAGGUCUACUACUACGUUAGUAACGUCGCGGCCGCCGAGCAGCACGCACGAAUGGCGCGCAAGGGAUCGCGCGUGCGCUUUUCGAUUUUUUUUAAACCAUAUAAGUAAACAAAAAAAUAUUUAAUUAUACAAAAUAAUAAAUAAAUUUAUGUUCAGUGAAAGUCUAAAUAAGUCAAUUAUGUACGUAAGUGUUAACAAGAGAUAAAAAAAGUCGAUACAUAUCAUAGUUAAGUAGAGAAAUAUAUAUUCAAUUAUUAUUUAAAAAAAGUGUAAUGUGAAAUAAUUAUCCGAUGACUGAAGACAAGGACAGUUGCAAUGACAGCGAUAAUAAGAAAGAGAGGGACAAAGAAAAAGAGGAGAACCAUUUACAAAUGCAAACACAAGUGGUUCCCAUGAAUUGGUUGUUACUGAUUUGUUUAAUGUUAGCAAAUGUGCAGGCGUUCGGUGCGAUCUUUGUAAAAUUAUAUGUAACUUUCGCGGGUUUUUUCACAAAAGUGCAUGCUAGGGGUAAUUUUAGGUCAAUGUUGAAGUUUAAUUGUGGAAUAUGGGUUGUGGCAAGUGUGGUGUUGCUGGCUUCGUGGGUGGAUGGGAGCGAGUUUCCGGAGAGGGAGUGCUGCGAUCCCAUCUAUCCUCCAAAUACUGCUACAACAGCGGCAGCACCGGUCACUCCACCAAUCAACAAAAUUUCAGGGCCUGGCAUAAAAGGCACGAUGGCCAUCCUGAACUGUCUGCUCGCCCGACAACUGUGCUUCGAAGACGCUUCCUGCUCCGCCAUCUUGGAAAUUAUACCGCGUGUCUGUGGAUCUGAACUUGUUGCGUGCUCAACGGUGACUGUGACGAAGUGCCAGGCUGCUCUCAAGACCCUGCAAGCGUUUCCGUUCUUCAAGCCGACCUGUCUCUGUCGCGAGCCGAACGUCGAUCCUGAAUGUAAUUCCUUCCGCGACUUCCUUUUUGACCACCCUUGCGUCUUCGUUAUGAAGAAAGAAAAGGACCCGUACCCUGUCGAGACCCUGCCGACCUGCAACUACGCGCUGAGUGUGUGCCACAACGAGAAAGCCUGCUCCGUACUCUUCGACCGGUUCAAGAACGCUUGCAAGACUCGGGACGGGGAAUGUCGUAUGGAUGACAGAGAAGCCUGCCGUGAAGCCUGGUCUGGGUUACGCUUGUCCCCACUCUUCGGUUGCAUCUGCCCAAACACCCACAUGAAGAAGCGCUGCGACCGCAUCUUCGCCAUCGUCAACCAUAACCCGUGUGUUGUAAAGCUGAUGUCGGACGGACGGAUCGCGAAUCUUACCGGAUCUGAUGCGACGUCAUGGAUCGGCGCUAUGUCCAUAACACGGGACGCAAACCUGAUCGCACCGGACAAAAUAAUGACGCACGUGCAUCGAUACGCAAGCCCGCACUACAACCCCCACGGGCACCAUUACCAUCGGCGGAACCAUGAGCCGGGGGGGAGUGAAGACCCUCUCUACGCCACCAAGACAGUCUUCGGAGAUGGAUACAUUGAUGAAAACCAGAGGAUUGGCAAGGAAAACGGUAAAGCAGGUGAUGAGAAGGUGGCGCUGCAGUCGACCUGUCACGUGGCUCUGGACUCGUGCAUCAAGGAUGCCGAGUGCAUGACGUCACUGACACCCGUGCUGCAGAAGUGUCACGCCGUGGAAUGCGACAGGGAAGGGUGCAUGGCUGCGUUGAGAGGAUUCUACAGAAAACCAGGAGUGGAGUGGAACACUGAAAUCGCUUUCUGUCUUUGCAAGAAAACCGACAACCGAGAGGACUCGUGCAUGAAUGCCCAAGAGCGUCUUCAUCCGAUGUGUGCCCAGCGCCCAGCAGUGGGCACCCCGCUGCCAGCUUGCCACAUCCUCGCACACGCAUGCCGUGAAGAUCCAGAAUGCAGAAUUCGCUUAGAGAACUACGAGCAGUGGUGCGCGGUGGACGCCGUGACCCAAGGAUGCGCUGGCUCACCCGCCGCGUGCAGGGCAGCCGUCGUGGCCGUCCUCGGCACCCAGCUCCGAGCAGCAUGCGCCUGCCGCGGCACAGACUUCGCACAACUGUACGACUGUCUCGGCUGGCAGAGACUGCUGUGGCUCAAUCCUUGUGUUGUGGAGUCCCAAAGCGAUUACCACAUCAAAACCUACGGUUCGUUGCUCACUACCACCCAAUUCGAUAAUGGCAUCAGCUACAUGACCGUCCCACCGGAGCCUUCAGUUUACCAUCAUACUACGAUCCACCAGCACCGUCAUACUACACACCAUGGAACACCACGCGCUGAUAACAUGCAGGUGAACCGGGAGCCUAUAGGUCCAAAGACAACCAUGUCCGAACAAACCGUCGGCCCUAUUGAGGUAGAACAAAUCUCCGAGCCAGUGCUAGAGACCACCGCUGAUACGACCACGUCGACUUCCACCACAACUACCACGACGACUACCACCACUACGACCACCACGACCACAACUACAACGACCCCACGACCGACCACCACCUUAGAACCGACCAAGUAUUGUGUGGUGAAAAAACCGGAGAGCGAUGAUCAGGCGCAGUAUAUUAAGAUGGGAGAAACUAGACGGUUGUACCGUUCAGCAGAACUAGCUGAGUGUACAGACCUUUGUGUCUGCGAGUCCUCACUGCAGGUGUCUUGCAAGGUGGCAUGCGUGCCCCGUGCCCCUUGUUCAUCCCGUCUCGCUCACUACUCACACGCAGCGCCAGCGUACCAGGCAUACAGAGGACGCUGCUACUGUUAUUCUGGGUCUUUUAUCUGCAUGAGACCAAACCCAGGAGAAUACAAGCUUCCUGAAGGCGUGUACCUCUUACUCGGGUUCAGCGCAGUCGAUGAAGCUCUACUCCGGCCCCACACAGGCCUUGGUGCCGAAGAUGCCGUCCGUCUUUUGCAGCAAUAUCUAAAUGGGGUACAUAGUGAAGGAACGAACUGUACCCUGACGUUAUUCAAUAUCAGCAACGAGAAUGUCAUUAUCUCUGCCAGCGUGCCGCCUCGUGAGCAGGAGAUGCUCAGAGACGCCGGCGAGGCACUCCUCGAUAGAGAAAAGGAGGAAUGCAUCGACGUCCUCAAAGUGAUAAAGACACGCAUCAACUCACAAAAUGAAGACAUCUCGUCGCAUUUACUCUUGUCUAUCUUCAAGAUCGCCGAAGUGGACGUCAUUUACCCUACACCUCCCAGCUCCGCUUUCACCCCUCACCGUCCCAUCACCUUCCUUUACAUUCUCAUCAUCCUUAUCACCCUCGUGUACAAUCUCCCGUUCUCUCUCCCCAAUUCUAACCAGAAUAUCGUCAAUUCAAUUUCGAAUUUACUGAGCGACACCGCUAAAUCUAUAUCCUUACACGUUGUUCCUUAUGUUACUGAGAGAUAUAUUUUGAAAAGCAUCAAUUUUGUAUCUAUUUACGAUGAAUUUAUAAAUAAUGUAGCAUAUGUUGUUCAUAAUGAUACUAGGCACGACGCACUCGCUUUAGGUGACGCACAAAAACCUAUCACAAACGAUAUUAAUGUAGUUAUAAGUGUAAUAGAUGUAAAUAAUCGUAAGGAAAUGAUACAUAUCAUAAAAGCUGUGAGUACUACAAUAUUUACUAAUUUUAAUGAACUUGUUGCCGGUGCAAUUAUACUUAAAUAUUUUUCUAGACAUGUGUAUUACGAAAUUGGAUGUACUAUAAAUACGAAGCUUUUUGAUGAUUUCCGUUUUGAAAAUAUCGCGUCCUCUUCUUAUGGGAUUGUGGAAUCCACUAGCUUAGGACUGACUCUAGCAGUAGUAUAAAGACUGAGACGUUAACUGAACAUAUCAUAGUUAAUUGUAUUCCGUUUUGUUCUCGACUAGUAGGUACUGGUGCUUGUAGUGGAUCUUAAAGGCUGGGUUUUGUAAAUAAGUGUAUUACGCCUUUUACACUAUUAGAUUUUUCGUUUAUAUCUAUCGUUAGGUUUCUUAGCACAGGCACAGAUCAUUAGGCUAUAAAAUCUAGUAGGGCG